AUGCUUUGCUGCGGGCAGGGCAGGCUGCGCAACCGCUGCCGACAUGCAUCCGUCCUGGCUGCGAGAACCCAACUUGGAAUAAGCAGCCAGGAGAGCGCUGCAGCAGACGGUGUCGGGACGCGGCCCAGUUUGCUGCUGCAGACGCAGCACAGGCUGCGCAACCGCUGCCGACAUGCAUCCGUCCUGGCUGCGAGAACCCAACUUGGAAUAGGCAGCCAGGAGAGCACUGCAGCAGACGGUGUCGGGACGCGGCCCAGUUUGCUGCUGCAGACGCGGCACAGGCUGCGCAACCGCUGCCGACAUGCAUCCGUCCUGGCUGCGAGAACCCAACUUGGAAUAGGCAGCCAGGAGAGCACUGCAGCAGACGGUGUCGGGACGCGGCCCAGUUUGCUGCUGCAGACGCGGCACAGGCGGCGCAACCGCUGCCGACAUGCAUCCGUCCAGGCUGCGAGAACCCAACUUGGAAUAAGCAGCCAGGAGAGCACUGCAGCAGACGGUGUCGGGACGCUGCCCAGUUUGCUGCUGCAGACGCAGCGCAGGCUGCGCAGCCGCUGCCGACAUGCAUCCGUCCUGGCUGCGAGAACCCAACUUGGAAUAAGCAGCCAGGGGAGCACUGCAGCAGACGGUGUCGGGGCGCGGCCCAGUUUGCUGCUGCAGACGUGGCACAGGCACGCGAAGAUUGAUUUGAAGAAAUGCGGCUCAUGGCUAAGCAAGCUGCUGGCUACCUGGUGCGACUGGCUAGGUGGCUGCUGCGGUCCUCGCAAAGCAAGUCGAAGCGAAGCAAAUCCGAUUCUGUUCUGCGCAGGCCCCAUCGGAGAUGGCAUUCUUGCGUUCUACUUCCCUGGCUACAGCACACCGGUGGAUGACAUCUGCCAGGCUGGCUUCUUGGGCAAUUUCUAUUCCAGGAGACUUGCUGGUCCAGAGCUGCGGGAGCCCGUUUGCGCAGUUCGAAAACGCUGA